AUGGCUGUCGAGGAGUACAAACUCCCGACCCCCGGAGCUCUCAAGCUCAAGGGCGGUGGCGGAGCCGUCGAGAAGAAGCGAAAGGCCAAGAAGAAGGCCGAGGUGCCCAAGCGCGACGAGCCCGCCGAGGGCAAGAAGGACGCCGCCACCACCAGCAAACGCGUCUACGAUGUCUCCGGCGGCAAGGCCUUUGAAGAGGGUAUGACUGCUGCGAUGGCUGGUGCUGGGGAGGGGAAGAAGAAGCCCGCCAAGGACAAGCAGAGCGAGGACUUCGAGUCCCGGGCCUUCGUCGCCUACAGCGAGCGCGGACGGAUGGAAGCAGAGAUCCGCUUCGCGGAGCACAGGCGUAAGCACCUCGGCCGGCACAUGGAGCGUGAGGGCCGCGGAAGGACGCACGCGGAGAAGGUCGUGGGCUUGAACAAGGCCUUGAGCAAGCGCAGCGACCACUACGACAUCUAG